AUGACAUCUCCAGGAGACGUCGACUGGUCGGAGAUGUGUUCCGAUACCAUGCAAUUGAUUUUCGAAAGCUUAAGCUGUUCAGAUUUUCAUCGAGCAAGAACCGUUUGUUCAAAGUGGUACUCUGCUUCGAAAUCAUGCGUUGCAGCAUCAUGGAAUAGGUAUCCAUGGCUGAUACGUUUCCCGGAAAAAUAUUCCGUCUCGAAACCUUUCAAUGAUCUGUUCACUAAGUUGUCUGACACAAACUCUUGUAAGCUGUUAGAUCCUCGAGAAGGAAAGACUUACAGGAAAAGAUGUCUCGGAGACAUAUUGUCCGAGAGCCGUUGCCUCGCGAGUUACGGUAUCUGGAUACUGAUGAUGAAUCCGAGUCUCGAUUUCUACGUCUUGAACGUGUUUACCUGCGAGAGAAUCGAUCUUCCGCCUCUAUCACUCCGAGGUGAAGUGAGAUUCCAAAGAAAAGACGUUGGUGGGUUAUUCCUCGAACACUCUUGGUUAGAUCGUGAGACGAUCAUCAACAGGUAUAUCGAGACGGCUGUUUUGUGGAUCGAUGAGAAAACGAAAGAUUUUGUCGUUAGUUGGAUUUACAAUGCUCAGUACUUGUUCUCAUACAAGAAAGGAGAUGAUUCUUGGUGGCACCUUGAAGGAACAAAGUGUUUACAUAUGGCUUACAAGGACCAAAAGCUCUGUGUUUAUACUUCUGAUCAUCACAUCAAGAUUCUUGAUUACGCUGGUGAUACCCCGGUAGAGAUCAUCGAAGAAAACCCUUAUUUGAAUCAUCCGUUUAACUAUGAUCCGAAACCGUGGGAAUUCAUUUGGAAGAGGAGAUUAGCGAUCACGACUUCAGGAGAUGUUCUAAUCAUUCUGAGCUUAAAAGGAUUCCUUGAGUACGAAGAGAAACGUUUGUUCUACAUCUUUAAGAUGAAUCUACAAGGCAAGGAAUGGGAACGAGUAGAUUCUCUGGGCAAUGAGAUAUUGGUUUUUGGUGAUGGGAUCACAUUGGCAGUAGCAUCAGGUAAAGAAGAGAUUCGUGGAGGAGACAUCUAUUUCGUUCCUGAUGAUGUUUGGCCGCCUCAGGCCAACCUUCAAAAUAGUACCGGUGCUUUUGAUCUUGCAACAACCAAUAUAGGAUGGACUCUACCUCUACCUUAUUGUUACAUUUCCAGCAUUCGCUUUCGCUGGAUUGUUCCAGGGAUCUUAUAA